CCUCAAGAAGACCCUGGUGCCGGCCCUCUACAGAGUCAUCCAGGACCCCAACAAUGAGCUGAUGGAGCCCGUCUGCCACCAGCUGUUCGAGCUGUACCGGAGCUCUGAAGACCGCCUGCGCCGCUUCACCCUGCAGUUCCUCCCCGAGCUGGUUUGGGUCUAUCUGCGCAUCACGGCGAGCAGGGACCGCCAGAGCAACGGGUGCAUCGAGGCCCUCCUCCUGGGCAUCUAUAACCUGGUGGGAGUUGAGGCAAAACCUCCUAGCAGUGUGUUCAUUUAGCACAAUUCAUUCUCAACAGGCUAGCUUUAAGAUGAGUUUUUGUGAGUCAUUUUGCAUCAACACUCUUUACUCUAGGCUAUUAAGAUUUACAAAACGCCACUUUUAAUAGAAAAGCUAUUUAAAGCUUGAGACAUCAUUUACAGUUGGUCAGGACUGCCAAAGUUAAGCUCCUAAGGUUCGAUUUUCCCUGACAGAUGUUCUUGGUUAAAGCAAAUGUAAUUGUAAAUGUGUCAUUUUAAACAGUUAUAGGAUACAUUGCUUCUCUAUUCGUUGUUUUGUUUGUUGUUAGGUUAAAAAAGCUCUGGAUAUAUCAAGUAUAGCAAAUUAUUAUGUUGUCUGAUCAAGGACAUCCAGAGUAAUACUUUGUUCAGGAAGUCAGUUUGGCACAAGUGAGGUAAGGAGAGGUAGUGGCACACAAGACAUUGGGAUUAUUUAUUGCUUUUAGCCAGCCUUAAGAUUCAGUUUUGGCCCUCGAAGCGAAAAGAAUUGGGCAGCCGUGGCCAAGGUCAAGACUGCUUUAGAGGAACUCUGAGUCCCUACAGCUUGAGGGAUGAUGCCCUGUGAAUGACCCUGACUGUAGCACUUCAUUGUUAUCACCAUCACCAGCAGGGAUACCCACAGUGUUGACAUUAACUCUUCGAACACAUAAUGCGAUCAUUUACUAACCAGUACUACUAACCAGCUAGUGUGGCUGUUAUAUUGCCAAAUAACUGACAUUCAACAUAGAAAACCUUAUUUUUAUCCAUAAUUCCACUUAUUUAUUAAUUAGGGAGCCUCAAUAUCUGACUUUGAUGAAAUAAUAAUAUGCAAACUUUUCCACUGGUCAAUAUGGAUGAAUACAGGUAGAUAUUUUUAGAUGAAAGGCACAGUUGUCUUUGAACCUGUAGCUAAUCACAUUUGUUUAUACAACUCUAAUGAUAGCUGUGAAAGGCUCUGUGUGAAUCUUUGGUUAUAUUUCAGACCUAGAAAUACAGGUGGAAGAUUAGUGAGACUCUCUGUCUGUUGACAUUAAAGACAAUCUUAAGGGAAAUCUCCGGGUUAAUGGAUAGAUUGCAUCACCAGGAAACGCCCUCAGGGAAAUGGGCUAAGAGCUAGAGAUAUAUCAAUAGGAAGAGCUCCAUGUCAGCCAGCACCACUGAAGGUAUAUCCAUGCAUAAUUUAUUCCUCCAUACAACUCCACACUUACACACACCGCUGCCCUGUACAUACACGUUUCGCCUAUGCUCACAGUGACUAUGUUCUGAUAAACAGCUUUGCUCUCGGCAGUCCUAUCAGAUAUUCAGAGAUACUCUGCAGGCCAGUGAACGGCAGGACAAGGCCUAACUACUGGGAGAAUGGGGAAUACAAUUGCAAGAUACUUGUUUGGUAACCAAGGAGAUAGUUGACAAAGAAGGCAACAGCCGGCUCCUCUCCUUCACAAUCCCAUCUCUGUCCAAACCAUCGAUAUAUCAUGAGCCUUCUAGCCUGGGGUCCAUGGCAUUAACAGAGGGGGCCCUCUGUCAACAUGAUCUGAUCCGAGUGGUGUACAGCGGCCUCCACCCGCAGAGAGAGACCUUCACAGCUCAGAACAGGUUUGAAGUGCUGUGUUUCCUCAUGCUCUGCUACAACUCUGCUGUGGUGUACAUGCCUCUAUCCUCCUACCAGUCUGUCUGCAGAAUGAGCUCACGGCUGUGUGUAUGUGGUUUCCCCCGGCAACAGAAGAAGCUUUGGAGGGAACCGUGCAACCGCGUGCUGCUCGACCCGGAGUUCAUGGUGCAGAUGCUGACUGCCGUUUAUCACGCCAUAUAUAAUGGAGAGUGGGAGAUGGGCCGGGAAGCUCUGGAGGACGUUCUGUACCGAGCCCAGCUGGAGCUUUACUCCCAGCCUCUGUUGCUGGCGAACGCCAUGAAGAAUUCGCUGCCAGACAGCGCUCCCUAUGAGCCACGGGGGCGCAAGGUGCUCCAGGUGGAGGUGACACCCACCAUCAACCGCAUCUCCAUGUCAGCCAUCACCACCGCCUCCAUACGUCGCCACCGCUGGAAGAGAGAGGAUUGUUUUGACGCCUCAACUGAUGCAGAGUUGAGCCACAUCAUCAAUCCUCCUAGCUACAACAAGCACCACAACCACCACCACCGGCAUCAGCACACUCCCCGGGACCCCGCAUCCAAAGAGGAGAGAGAAGGGCGGCCUCACAGCCACCACAGCAGCAGCAGCGGCAGCAUCAUUCCCCCCAUCACAUUUGAGGAAGCUGAUGGAAUGAGCGGCGGGGAAGAUUCCUUCAACGUCAAUGACCCAGACGAGGGUUUCUCCUCCGGGGCGUCUAACAGCAGCCAGCCCAGCGGCACCAAGGCGGGCGUCGGGCAGAGGGGGGGCAGCCUGAACAGCAGCAGCAGCAGCAUCAAGAAAGCAAUCACAGCCCGACUGUCCCGGGACAAGGAAAGGGACCGUGAAAAAGAAAGGGAGAAGGAACGGGAGAGGGAGCGAGAGAGGGAGGCGGAAAAACAGGCAGAGUUGUCAGCUGAUCACCAGGCUGCCGUGCUGAGGCACCAACAGAGGCAGCCAUCGCCUCCAGCCAGCAUCAAACUGGAUGCCAUCCAGCUGAGCCCCAUAAAGAAGCACCUGAGUUUCCCAGCGGGGCCCCCGCUGGUGCGGACUGGCAGCACCUCCUCCAGCAAGUCCUUUGACUGCAUGAAUUUCAACCUGAACGGGGGCGAUAACGAGCGAGAGGAUGCGGCAGGGGGCUCCGACAGAGAGGGAGGGCUUCCAGUGGGCGGCCCCCACCGCCACUCCACCAUCAGCCUGAAGGAGGAGCACCUUGUCAGGCCAGAGGACGCCCAAGACCUCCUGUCCCCUGGAGCUCCUCUCACCAAGCAGUCCCGCUCCCCCAGUUUCAACAUGCAGAUCAUAUCACAGGUCUAACAUGCAGUGCAGGGCAUGGCACAAACACACACACACACAAACACACACACACACACACACACACACACACACACACACACACACACAAACAAUACCUGCUCAUAACACUCAUCCUCAUGCAGUUUUUCUCUGCAACUCUUUCCAACCUGUCUGUGUCUGUGUGUGUGUGUGUGUGUGUGUGUGUGUGUGUGUGUGUGUGUGUGUGUGUGUGUGUGUGUGUGUGUGUGUGUGUGUGUGUGUGUGUGUGUGUGUGUGUGUGUGUGUGUGUGUGUGUGUGUGUGUGUGUGUGUGUGUGUGUGUGUGUGUGUGUGUGUGUGUGUGUACCUCCAUUACAAUUGUGACCUGCAGUUGCUGCUGGUGGGUGUAGCGUGACUGAAAAUGCAAGAGAAAAGUAGUAAAGGACGACUGCUGUAACCACAGUCCAGCAUGUCACUGCGUCCUCCCGUCUGACCAAGCAUUCCACACAGAAACCCCCGGAAACGUUGAGAGAAAACAGGCUAAGGAUGCCACGCUAGCUGUUGGGAGAUAAAUAUGGAAAUCAGAUUAUUUUGAGUUCCUGACUGAAUCAGUCAACAAUGAAUCAGCAAUAACACUUAGAGUCGCUCAUGUGGAGAAGAGUGAUUAGUGCUCUCUCUCUUCAUUCCUUCCCUUUCAUUCCCGGGCUCACGUGCAAUCGUUCUUGCUGCUUAUCUUCCUUGUUAAUUGCUGUUUUUGAUGAGGCAUAAAUGAUUUUAUUGAUUAAAAUUCCUUUUAUUUUUAUUUUUUUAUCACAAUCCAAAGAAGGAAGAUUUGUUUUUGUUUGACAAUGAUUUGAUAGAAAUCAGUCAGACCCAAGUGAUUCUCCAGUUUUCAUCCCAUGAACUUCCGUUUUUAAUUUGUAAUUAGAAUAUUCUCCUUUUUUUUACUAUUUGUUGUAACACCAAACUGGAAAGCGAUAAAGGUUUUUUAAUGGUCGAAUCUGAAGGAACACUACCGUGCAGCUGCAAGAGGAAAUCAACUUGUGAUUUGAUAUGAAAAUCUGAAGCUGAAUCUUGUGGAAGAACUGGAUGAAACAUUGUGAAGUGACAGUGCAGGUUUGAGACUGAAGCUAAGAGACAACGGCUGUAUUUAUUAUGGGAUUGUUAUGAUGGUUCAAACCAUUUAAUGGGUCCUUCCAUUUGAGAGGACUUGUAGGUGUUUGGCUUGUGUGUGGCGUCUCGGUGACGUACUGCCCUCUGGAGGCUUGCACGAGUCACUGCGCAUCAUCAGCAGUAACUAUGACGAUCGCGUUUUGUGCUCUGAUUGGAUGCUCAUGAAACAUUUUGUUCUACCUCAUUGUGUGUUCACCCUGCCACCAGACACCUGUCUCACAAUCAGACGCAGGAUACAACGGUUUGAACGUUUUUGGGGGGAGUUUACAGUGGGGACCAAACUGGCUCACACUGAAAACACACUGUAAAAUCUUUGUCCAUGUAAGGAGUUGUGGAAAUCUCAGCUUUGCAUUUCAGUUCAGUCGCACCAUGCACAGCGCAUAGCUGCAAAACAACACAACUGUCUUCAGGUUUGCUGUUCUAUAUCAAACACCCACAUCAGGAAUAACCUGAUUAUUUGAAUUCCCUAGAAAUGUCCUGCUUAUCUUCUUUUUUUUAUGUAAAAGUGCACUUUUUUUAAUCCUCAUGUGCAUGGAGUUGGAUCUUCUCUGCUGUUAAAUGCCUGCAUCUGUGCACAGUGCUAGCUAGCCUUCUGUAGUGCUCCCUGCCCAGGCUGAGUGAUUUGAACAUGGCGUGCUUGUCUGCAUGUUUAGUGCCCUGCAAAGCACUGCUGUUUCAGAUGCGAGAAACAGCCAGCGAGCCUAACCCAAGUCUUCUCCCUGUCUUUGCCAGAUGUGCCAAAACACAUCCUCUCCUUAAGGAAAUUAUGCUUUGCUUGUCUUAAUUUAAAAACUAUUGCCUAUUAUUUUUUUGUUUACUUGUCCUAUUUCAAAGUUUAUGGACAAAAAAAAGGGUGUUUGGCUCAACAUGCCCUGAGAUGCAGCUUCACCUUUUUUGCCAUGGGUUUCCUCUUCACUCAUCACAGGUGUGUGUGACACACACUGCACUCUCACUGUCAUCACUAUUUGCUGUUCACAUGUAAAAGCAGUAUAUUAUGCGUCUGUGUGCCGUAGAUGUCAGCUGUUGUAUUGCAUUUUUCCUAUGUCUUGCGCACGUGCUUGUUUAAAAUGAGGAUGAAUGAUUAAUGUAUAUAAAAGCCAGUUCAGUCUGCAGUGAAAAACCCCACACACUCAUGCUCCCGCUCUGCUGGAAAACCUCCACAGCUGCUGCUCCUAGUCCAGAGUGAGUCCUGUGUGCGCUUUAGCCUUAUACAUUUCAGGCCAAAGAGCCUCGAUCGUUGGCUCUUUGGCCUCACAUGCUCCUCAUCCUCCUCCUGUGGACUGUGGAAGAGGAAGAGAGGAGUGCAGCUACAGUUCACAAUGUACCCCGGUCUGUCUGCUGUCAUCCCUGUGCGGUGUGGCUCUCAACAAGCCGUGUUCCCAUUUGCUGUAUUUUGCCGUGAGUUGUGUGGCAUCUUUUUUGCUGUUUUAAAACCGGUGAUGUGGUCAUGUCAUUAAUAUGAGUGCCCCUUACCGAGGUUAUCAGCAGCCAUGUUGGUACUGUUUGUCGAUUUACUGUAGAGUUACAGAUAGAUGAAUAUCCUUAUGUUUCUGGUGUUAUUUGCAUGUGAUCAGGUCAGGAAAUGAACACUAGCUGGUGAAUAUUAAUACAACUUGACUGAGGCUGGACAUUUUAUUCAUUUCGGUUGAAUAAUAACCCAAGAAUGGUCCACUUACAUUUCAAAAAAAGUCUUAAAAAGGUUCAAUCUUUACUUGUGUCAGCCACUGUGAAGAGAGUUCAUUUCCUGUCCUGCAUGUGAUAACUGUGGGCUUUGUUUUCAUAAAGUUUAAUGCACUUUAAUCCAUCCACCUCUCUCCUCAGAUAGUUAUUGAAAUUAUAUAUAUAGAUGUGCAAAAUGUGUAUACACUCAAUGCAGGGUUUUAGUCUCUUUAAAGUAGUAAUUCUAUGUGAUGUCACAUUCAACACAAUGCUAUUUUUGUUAAGAGUCUAUAAGGGUACAGCUAUUUAUUUAUUUUUUCUUUUCAAAACCAAAAAAAAAAAUGUAACGGGGGUCUGGAAGGUCUCAGGAGAUUAUCAAAAAGCCACAUUUUAAAAAUGGCAGCACCAACAUUUCUGUUCUUAAAGUCGGAAUUGAUUCUAUGCAACAUUUUUUCCCCUUUUUUCACUUUUUGUUUUGUUUUUGGUGUUACCGGCUCUCACUGAUCCGUGUUGGGUGGUGCAGGGCAGAGUCAUUUAAGCUUUUCAAGGAAAACGUCCUCAACAGCGUUCUGUGUAUAAACCCUGUUGUGGUUCUUCAGAGCGCAGGACCUCUCUCAUGUGGGCGAAAUAAGAGGACCAUCCAUUUGUCAUCCGACUGCCCUUGCAGACAGAAAGCCACAUCAGGAGUCUUUGGUGCAUGUCGAGCCCUCCUGUCAGUUUGCUGCUCUGUGGCUCAAAGACGUCAGCUGGUGUAUGAAAUCUAAACAGAUUAUCAAUGAUGAAUCUAAUCUAGAUGCUUCGAGGGAAGCUGCUGGACGAUGUGAUAACACUGUACUAUUGAUGUUGUAUAAAUGGAGAGAAAGAAUUAUUUUAAAUCUUGUAAAUAGAAAAUGUACAAAGGUGAAAGCAAGAUAAAUAUAAAAAACUGAAGAUCAUUCUGAGAUGUAGAGAAAUUAAUCUGUAUAUUGUUGAAUAAAUAUUGUGCCGUAAAGGAUA